UGUAACAAACCGAAUUGAUACUAACUGAAUUCUUACCGCGAAGCGCGGGGAAAUCCCACUAGUUGAAAAGAAAACUUAUGCGGAUUCAUACUUGAACCUGAUCAAUACGGUAGUAGUAGGCUAUUCCUUACCCGGUUUCUCCUGAUAUUCGAUCCUACCCGAAACCGGGUAUUAAAAAAACCCAGAUUUGUGCACCUCUGCUACUGCUAGUGGUCAGGGGGGUUUUUGUAUAGCAUUCCGGGCUGGGCAUGAUAACCUUACAGAAGAAGAGGGCGGUGAAAUCCAAGUACGAUGGCCGUCGUCAAUCUCCGGCAGUUGUGCACGGUAACGCUGCAGCUGCCAUUAUAUAUGCAAAACUCUAGGGUUUGGAGAAGACUAUUGAUAUUGUGAGUUUCAUCCACAAGGAAAUGUUUUGGUAGCUGUGGAAUGCAAUGAACUUGGAAUCGGAAUUUGCAUAGAACGGAAUACACUCUCCAUGAAGAUGAAUCGGAACCUUACUAUGGAACUCGAUGACACCAUUUGCAGCAGCUGUUUUUGUAAAGAUCAAAAGUUUCUUCACAAUCACUGGGAAGGAACCAAAGGCCACAAGAUCUGCACCUCAUGUGUCCUCUUUGCAAACAAAAACUCCUUCUGUCCCACCUGUUUUGAUAUCAUUGCUGGUACAGAAGAGCUCAUCGAGUGUGUUGGAUGUAAAUCUAAUACUCAUGUCGAAUGCGUUCUUGAUAAAGACAAGCCCAGCUUGUUUGAGUGCUUAACCUGCAAAAGCCCUAAAAGGCUCGUAUUUGACUUAAAGUUAAAGGAAUUGAAAGGCACGAAGGUGAUGGAUAAGGAAGCAGCGCUUUUGCUCUUGACUGCAGCAAAGAUAGUGAAAAAGUUGAUAUCUAAGGCGCUUGACGAGGCAGUGAAUGCUGCUGCGAAACAUGCAGCAGAUACCAUUUCAGUGAAGAAAAAGGCGUCGGAGGCAGUAGAACGUUUUAUGAAACUUGAAGAUCGUCCAUCUUUGCUUGACCCUCCUCCUGAAACAUCAAGGGAGACUGGAAGGCUGCAAAGGCUCUCUCUUUGAAGGUGGUCAGUUCUACAGCGGGUUAUGUGAGUGAGUCUCAUAAGUAAUGACUUAUUCCUUAAGAUUUUAAAAUGUUAUGUUAUGGUGAAUGCUCGCUUCGUUUAAUGUUUGGAAACUAGAUGUGUUACUUGUGCCUUUUGUUUCAAAACUAGCUUUUGAUUUGAUUGCUUAUUUCAUUUGAAGCUUUGAAUACAUACAUGACUUUGUUAAGGACAAA